AUGCAGCGCCUUCUCCUUGUGGUGGCAGCAUCUGCUGCUUUGGCGUCAGAUGUCACCCCCGUCCAGAAGGUAGUCCAAAUGCUGGAGGACAUGAAGGACAAGGGGAAGAAGGAGAUGGAAGCCGAACAGGUCCAGUUCGGAAAGUUUGACCAGUUCUGCGAGAUGACGUUGGCAGACAAAGGCCGUUCCAUCAGCGACGCGGCUGACAAAAUCGAGACACUGGAGGCAGACAUUCAGCAGGCGAUUUCUGAGACGGAGCGUCUGACGAACGAGAUCGCUGCCCACGCCAGCGACAUCGAGUCUACAACGACUGAGAAGACCGAGGCAACGGAGCUUCGUGAGAAGGAGCGGGGUGAGUUCCAAACCACACUGCAGGACUACACGGAGUCGAUUGAUGCCAUCGGUCGUGCCUUGAAGGCUCUUAAGGAAGAGGACAAGAAGACUUCCUUUGUGCAGCUGACUGCCGCCAAAAGCCUCAAGCUGAUGCCAAGUGAGGCUGUGGACAGCAUUGAUGCGUACUUGAAUGCGAACAAGCCCAAGCCCUUGUCCGAGAAGCCGAGCCUGAUCAUGGAGGCAACCGAGUCCGAGAAGCCCGAGCCGAAGACCUACGAGUUCCAGUCAGGUGCGGCUAUUCAGAUGCUGGAAACACUCGCAGACAAGUUCGUCGACGAGCGCAACAAGCUGGAGCAGGAGGAGCAGGCCAAGCGGCAUGCUUAUGAGCUUCUGGCGCAGCAGCUGACGGUUCAGAUCAGUGAGUCGAAGAAGGAAAAGAGUUCCAAGGAGCAGUUCAAGGCCAAGAAAGUGCAGAGCAAGGCAUCCUCAGAGGGUGACCUGGCAGAGACCAAGGCGGAGAAGGAGGCCGACGAGAAGUUUGCAAAGGAUCUGAAGGCGACCUGCGCAAAGAAGGCCGCGGCUUUUUCCGAGCGCCAGAAGACACGGCAGGAGGAGAUUGAGGCCGUCGGCAAGGCACAGGAAAUCAUCUCCAGUGGCUCCGUGGCUGGCAAGGCAGAGAAGCAUCUGCCCGGGCUUUUGCAGCGUUCUCCACAAGGCUCCGUGCUGGCCUUUCUCCGGUCUGAUAGCCACGGAGAUCGGAAGGACCAGGUGGCUCGUUUCCUCCAGCAGCGGGCUUCUGCCCUGAACAGCCGCGUGCUCUCGGCCCUGGCAGUGCGUGUGGGCGCCGACCCGCUCGGCAAGGUGAAAAAGAUGAUCCAGCAACUCCUCACCAAGAUGAACGAGCAAGCCAAGGAAGAGGCAACGAAGAACACCUGGUGUGUCACGGAACUUGCAACCAACAAGGCCACACGUGAGGAGAAGACGGACACCUCGGAGUCUUUGCAGUCGGAGAUUGACACAUUGAAGGCUUCCAUUGCAAAGCUCACCGAUGAGAGCAACACGCUCAGCAAAGACAUUGCCGAGCUGGAUGCCGGGAUGGCAAGUGCAACGGAGCUUCGUGAGAAGGAGGCGGCCAAGAACAAGAUCGCUGUCGCGGAUGCUAAGGAAGCACAGGCCGCUGUGGCUGAAGCUCUCACAGUUCUCAAAGACUUCUACGCCAAGGCUGGUGCGUCCUUUGUCCAAUCCAGCUCAGCCCUUGUCACAGGCCAGCCGGAGAUCUUUGGCGACGAGGCCUACACAGGCAUGGGCGGCGAAAGCGGCGGUGUGUUAGGCAUGAUGGAGGUGAUCGAGAGCGAUUUCGCGCGGCUCGAGGCAGAGACAACGGCGGCAGAGGAAGCAGGCAAGAAGGAGUACGAUGAGUUCAUGGACGAUUCCAAAGCUGACAAGGCCGCCAAGGAGACGACCCUGAAGCAGAAGACCACGAAAAAGAACACUGAUGCACAGGAACUGAGCACCCGUGAGAGUGAUCUGGAGGGAACCCAAAAGGAGCUUGAGGCCGCAAAUGCCUACCUGGAAAAGCUGCGACCCGACUGCAUCGACACUGGAAAAUCAUACGCCGAGCGCAAGGCCCAGCGUGAGCAGGAGAUCACGGACUUGAAGGAGGCUGUCGAGAUGCUCGAGAAUCUCUGA